AUGUCUCUGCAAUCUCAUGAAACGAAAGAUCUGUUGGACAUCGUGGACAACCUCCGAUCACAUGGAAUCAAUCGAUACAUCAACCUGCCCGAGAUCAUCGUAUGCGGCGAGCAGUCUUCCGGCAAGAGCUCUGUGCUCGAAGCGGUGUCGGGCGUCAAGUUCCCCAGCAAGGACAACCUUUGCACCAGAUUCGCGACUGAGCUGAUCCUUCGACGAGGCCCAGAGGUACCGAUCAAGAUCAGUAUUGUUCCUGGUUCGCUUGAGAAAUAUCGGUCAGAAAAUGAUCUGGAAAAGCUGCGAAACUUCCACUACUCGAGCGCAUUGGAAGAUUUGGAUCUCGAGCCCGUGAUUGAGGCGGCGAAAGAGGCGAUGGGCAUCACCGAGGGAGGCAUCAAAGUGUUCAGCUCCGAUAUCCUUCGCCUGGAGCUAUCUGGACCCGAUCAACCGCAUCUUACGCUUGUCGAUCUACCCGGUCUGUUCCAAGCUGGCAGUCGUUCCCAAUCCGAUACAGAUGCCGAGACGGUGAAGUCACUUGUACUCUCGUACAUGAAGAACCCACGCAGCAUCAUCCUCGCAGUCGUCUCCGCCAAGAACGACUUCAACAACCAGUCGAUUACCAAGUAUUCGCGCGACAUUGAUCCAGCCGGAGGACGCACUCUCGGGCUGAUUACAAAACCGGACACGUUGGACGAGGGAUCUGACAGCGAGCGAUUCUACUUCGAACUGGCAGAAAACAAAGAGGUCAGGUUUCGAUUGGGAUGGCAUGUUCUUCGCAACAGAGACUAUGGCUCCAAGGACGCGACUACGGAAGAGCGCAACAAAGCUGAAGCACUCUUCUUCCAGACCGGAAUCUGGACGUCGCUUUCGACCGAUCAAACCGGAGUUCACAGCCUGAAGCCGAGACUCAGUAAGAUUCUCAAGGACCACAUUGUAGCGCAACUACCGAAUGUGCUGAAGCAGAUCAGAGCUGGCGUGCAAGAAUGUACAACGAAGUUGGAUGCUCUAGGCACAUCCAGGACCACGGCGCAAGAGCAGCGACGGUAUCUCUUACAAGUCAGUCAGUCGUUCAGCACACUAGUCCGAGCCGCCAUCGACGGACAAUACUCGGAUCCCUUCUUCGGUGACGCCUCUACUGACGAAGGCUAUCAGAGGCGUCUGCGAGCUGUCCUUCAGAACACCAUGACGAAGUUCGCGGCCGAUAUGCGCAAGAAGGGCCACACUAUUGCAAUCGUAGACAACGAGGAUGAUGAUGAUGAUGACGAUGACGCACCGUUGCCACCUGGUCAGAUGUUUCGCAAGGACUACAUUACAGCUGUCACCAAACUUCUGGAGCGAAGCCGAGGUCGAGAACUGCCCGGAACGUUCGACCCACUCAUCAUCGGGCAGCUAUUCCAUGAGCAGCGCAAACCGUGGGCAGGGCUGGUCGACCAAUACUUGCAGAUCCUUCUUCGUGCUGUGCACUUCCUCGCUCGCAAAGCUCUGGCGCACGUCUGCGAUGAAACAACUCUUAUCGGCCUAUCGAGAAGGUUCAUCCAGGUGCGGUUGGAGAAGCUCACCGCUGAGCUCCGCACGAAAGUGAAGGAGCUUCUCAAGCCUCACGAUACCGGUCACCCCAUCACGUACAACCACUACCUGACGGACAAUGUCCAGAAAGCACAAAGCCAGCGACGAGCACGUGAGAUCAAAAAGUCCCUAGAGAGCGUACUCGGUGGCGACUACAGCGGCGGCAGCACUUACAAGCUGAACAUCAAUGUGAAAACUUUGGUCGAUACCCUGCUUGCGAAGACAGAAGCCGACAUGAACAGCUAUGCAAGUUCUACGGCCACCGACUUCAUGGAGGCCUACUAUAAGGUCGCACAAAAGAAGAUCAUCGACGACUUCGCCGUCCUCGCCAUCGAAGCGCGCUGCAUGCAAGCCCUUCCCGACUUGUUCUCGCCAGCCGACGUCAUCGACAUUGACGACGCGACUGUGACUGCUCUGGCAUCCGAGAGCGAGGAGUCUUCGAAAGAGCGAACGCGUUGCAGCGAGAAGCUUAAGAUUCUUGAAGACGGGUUGCGAGCGCUCCAAGACGUUCGCAACAUCUCGCCGGUUCCACAGGAUGAAGAUGACGGGUUUGACUCGGAAGAAAUAGAAAUCCUGCCGAGCCCAGAACCAUCAGAAUGGUCUGCCCACGACGGUGCUGACGAAGCGCCGGCGGGUGACGCAUCGGAAGACGAGAAGCUCUCAUUUUCUGAUUAG